UUAUGAGAAGUAUUGUCAACUGUUUUCUGCGUAUAACAUUUACUUACGAAUGUAUUUGUAUGCAAUUAGUAAUAAACACUACAAUAUGUUUAGGAAAUUUCUAUGAAUGCAAAACGUGUUAUCAUAUCAUGACCGUAUUAUUUCCCAUACAUAACCUUACUUUUAAAUCUAACCUCCAAAUCAUACUAUCAUUAAACUUUCCGUCAUCGUGAUAGUGCAUAAACUCAGCCUUGUGUAGUCUUGUGCACUUAUUAAAUAAGCAGCCGUUUGCUACGCUCAUUAUUAAUUUCAAAGUGAUAGUUUGGUAAAAAUGACAACAAGUUUAUUGAACGUAGUGCAAUUUGCAAGACAUUGUGAAAAAUCUUCCAUUUCCUUUUGGCGCCAAUUUUCUGUGGCAACAAACUUAAAACAAAUAAAUAAUAAUGCCAAGCCAAAAACAGGUAUUUUAAUGUUAAAUAUGGGUGGACCUGGUAGUCUUGAAGAAGUUCAUGAAUACUUAUUACGCAUAAUGACUGAUCGUGAUAUGAUUCAGCUUCCAUUUCAAAGUCGAUUAGGUCCAUGGAUAGCACAGUCUCGUACUCCUAAGAUACAAAAAAAAUAUGCAGAAAUUGGUGGUAAAUCUCCUAUUUUGGAAUGGACAAAUAAACAGGGUAAACUUUUGUGUGAGAAAUUGGAUAAGGUUUCACCAGAAACUGCGCCUCAUAAACAUUACGUUGCUUUUCGUUAUGCAAAUCCUCUUACUGAAAGUACACUUCAGCAAAUAGAGCAAGAUGGCAUUGAACAUACAGUAUUAUUUUCUCAGUAUCCACAAUAUUCUUGUGCUACAAGUGGGUCAAGUUUUAUUGAGAUAUAUAAAUAUUAUGCACAGAGACAGCUUCCAAGUAAUAUGAAAUGGAGUAUAAUAGAUAGGUGGGCAACGCACCCAUUGCUGAUACGGACAAUUACUGAAAGAAUUAAGGAAGAAUUAAUUAAGUUUCCUGAAGAUAUCAGGAACGAUGUUAUAAUUUUAUUUUCUGCUCAUUCACUUCCGUUAAAGGCAGUAUGUCGAGGAGAUCCUUAUGCGCCCGAAGUUGCUAGCACUGUUGCCCUAGUAAUGGAACAAUUACAAUAUUGUAAUCCGUAUAAAUUAGUAUGGCAAUCGAAGGUUGGUCCAGUACCUUGGUUGGCGCCCUUUACCGAUGACGCCAUAAAAGCUUACGUCGAGCAAGGAAAAAAGCAUUUUUUGUUAGUACCAGUAGCAUUUGUUAAUGAACAUAUUGAAACUCUUCACGAACUGGAUAUUGAAUAUUGCAAAGAACUAGCAGAACAACUCGGCAUCGACAAGAUAAGAAGAGCUGCAGCACCAAAUGAUCAUCCAAUAUUUAUAGAUGCUUUGACAGAUAUUGUUAAUUCUCAUCUCAAAUCGAAUAAACCAAUAAGCCAUAUGUUCUUAACACGUUGCCCGCAUUGCACAAGUCAAAAUUGUGUUGAUAGUAAAAACUGGUUCGCACAAGUGUGUAAAAAAUAAGAAAAUGGAAAAUAUAGAAAAAGACGCUUAAAGUGUACUGUAUUAUUUAUACAUUAGUAUAAAGAGUUACAUAAAAGGCUGUUAAUUUUGUUAAAUAUCUGCAGUAAAUAAAAAUAAACAUUGUUAUAAUAAUU